AUGUUUUCCCUCAACAAGAUUUUCCUUUUCAUGCUUUCAUUCGGCAUUCUUACUGCUGCAUCCAUGGCGAUUCCAUCUCCGGAUUCGAUGGACGAUUGCCCAAAGUGUGGGAUGAGGCUUCUUACGAUUGAAAAGAACAGCCACAUCAACCACCUUCCUUUGGAGCGCCGUACCAAGAAGACUGGUGGCAGUGGUAGCACACCUGCAAAAAUCAAGCUUCCACCAUUCAAUAAGAGCAAAAGCGGUACAGGUGCUAGUAAGGGUGCCAGCAAGGCCACGAAGAAGAGCUCUGGGUUUUCCAAGGUCGCCAGCAAGAGUAUCAAUAGUGGUUCUGUAUCUUCCAAGGUCGCCAGCAAGGGCACCAAGAAAAGUUCUGCAUCUUCGAAGAGUGCAUCUUCUUUGAAGUCGGCCAUUCAACCAUCAACACCACGUCCUGCCCCCCGAUCCUCUCCACCACCUCCACCUACUCCAGUCCCAAGCUCUACUCCCACCUCUCGACCUUCUGCCAAACCAAGCACUGCUCCCACCUCUCGGCCUUCUACCAAACCAAGUGCUGCUCCUACUUCUCGACCUUCUGCCAAACCAAGUGCUGCUCCCACCUCUCGACCUUCUGCAAAACCAAGCUCUGUUCCCUCGGACAUUCCAAGCGCUGCUCCUAGCUCUCUGCCAUCUGUCAAACCCAGCUCUGUUCCCUCGGAUAUGCCUAGCAUGGUUCCUUCCGAUAUGCCGAGUGUGGUGCCGUCGGACAUGCCUAGUAUGGUUCCUUCCGAUUUGCCCUCAAUGGCUCCAAGCUCUCGUCCCAGUGAAAACCCAUCUGACGAGCCUACCUAUGCCACCAGCACUACCGAAAGCAUCACUGCUGCUCUCCCUGAUGAGAGUCCCCGUACCAAUACAAAGGCCAUUGUCAUCGUUGGAGGUUCUUUUGUCCUCUUGGUCCUUUUGGGCAGUGCCAUUGCACUUCGUGGAAGUGCUGUGGAAGCUGCAGUCAAUGGUGGAGGUGGUGCUCCACUUGCUCCUGCCAACGCGGAUUUGGAGGAGGUUGUACUGGAUGACUGA